AAUAGCAACCUGUGCGAUAGAAUCGUCGUUCACUUGUUUCGCCAUCAGAAUGCAACAUGGCUCCUCGCCUGCUCGAUCAUUGAAGUCACCGUCGCGGACGUUGGCGUGAAAAUUUAUAAUUCUAGGUGUUUUGUGCCCGGAUUUGUGAAAAUAGAAGCGAAGGGCUUCGGGAAAGGGAUUCUACCAGCCAUCGGAGGGACAGCUGGCGGUUUUGGCAGCUUGGGCCGCCCUAAAUCCGGUCGGAUAUAAGCUCACGAGGACCGGCCAACCGAGCCACCAGGGGAAGUGUGUCAAUGAUAGGCGGCCAUCCACAUGAAACAUCGACCAUCAUCAAGAUCGAACAGUCCAUGCCGAGGAAAUGAUUCAGAGCAGCUACAAAGCCAUGUACCGGCCGAAUUUCUACGAGAGUACGUGCCUGAGAUGCAACGAGACGGUGUAUCAGGUGGACAGGGUCGGACCCCUGAAAGACUUCACCUUUUUCCACAGUGGCUGUUUUAAGUGCGCGGUGUGCGGGACUAAGUUGACUCUGAAGACGUACUAUAACAAUCAGCAUAGGCAGGAGGACAAAGAAGUGUACUGUAACAGUCACGUGCCCAAGAUAGGUCCUGGACAUCUGGACGGGUCCUCGGUGGGCAUCAGGUCGGCCUUGAACGUGCCCAAAUCUACCAGUUUCGUCAACGAGCAGAUCAGAGGUCCAGGAAGAGGAGAUGUUGAAGCACUCCACGUCCGAACCACAGUCAACGGCGUCAGGUCGCACUCCCCCUUGUCGCCCAACUAUGGCGAAAAACACGCCUCGCAAUACAGCCCAAAUUCCUACCCCAUAAACAACAUCCACAACGAUUCUCCAGGUUACCAAUAUGGACGCUUCGACGCCAGCGCCCUACACAUCGCACAUGCCCUCAAACAGACCGAAUUGCAGAAAUCCUACAGGCAAUCGAGAGAGAAACCCAUCGACUGCUAUUUGGAUAGAGAUGAACAGAGAAAGUUAGAAAUGAAACACAGAAAGGAAGAAGACGAUUUGUAUAGAAAAUUCCAAAGACAAAGAGAAGAAGAAGAGAGGAGAAUAAAAGACGAAAUACGGGAUGAAUGGGAAAAAGAGCUCGAGAGGUUAACGCAUCGCUUCGAGAGAGAGAUGCAGAUGAAGAGGAAAAGAGACGACCAGAAUAUCCUCACGUUGAGGCACCAACAAGAGAAGGACGAUUUAGAGAAAAACAUGACAUUGAGGAGAGACAAAAAGAAAGAAUCUUUGACGAGAAAAAUGCUGGAGCACGAACGGGCGGCCACAGCGGCGCUGGUCGAGAAGCAGAGCCACGAGAUGCUGGAACUCAUCAACGAGAAACGCAGCGAGUUCAUGCAGGCCGAGUCGCUGUACCUGGAGGGCGACGGGAUGCCCCUGGAAGAGGUAGAACCCUAUCCGAGCACCGCGCCCGCCCCAGCUCCGCCUGCCCUCAGCAAGUUCCAGGUCUACAACGACCCGGUGGAGUUCAGCAACGUCGACCAGAUCGCCAUCUCCGUGGCUCAGGAGGACCAGAAAUCCUUCACCGACCUGGUGAGGCAGCUGGUGGGGAGGUGCGGUUCCGAUAUCGAGAAGGCCAGGACCAUUUUUCGGUGGAUAACCGUGAAGAAUCUGAACACAAUGUCUUUCGACGAGAACCUCAGGGGUGACACACCGAUGGGACUUCUCAGGGGCAUCAAAAAUGGAACUGAGAGCUAUCACGUCUUAUUCAAAAGACUAUGCAGCUACGCCGGUUUGCACUGCGUCGUGAUCAAGGGCUAUUCGAAGUCGGCGGGAUAUCAGCCAGGGGUGCGUUUCGAGGACAACAGGUUCAGGAAUUCCUGGAACGCGGUUUACGUAGCCGGAGCCUGGAGGUUCGUCCAGUGUAACUGGGGAGCUAGGCAUCUGGUGAACGCUAAAGAAGCCCCCAAAGCGGGAAACAAGACCAAAUCGGAUAGUCUGAGGUACGAAUACGACGAUCACUAUUUCCUGACCGACCCGAAGGAGUUCAUCUACGAGUUCUUCCCACUCCAGUCGGACUGGCAGCUCCUGAAGAACCCCAUCACGCUGCAGGAGUUCGAAGAAUUGCCCUUCGUUCGAUCUCUGUUCUUCAGAUACGGACUCUACUUUUCAGAUAGCGAUACCAAAGCCGUGAUGUACACGGAUUCUACCGGUGCUGCCACUGUCAGGAUAGCGAUGCCCAAUCAUAUGCAGAGCAGCCUAAUUUUCCACUACAAUUUGAAAUUUUACGACAGCGACGGGGAUAGUUUCGAGGGAGUUUCGCUGAAGAGGUUCGUGAUGCAGUCCGUAGUUGGCAACAUAGUGGCCUUCAGGGUGCACGCGCCCUGCAGCGGAGCCUUCUUAUUGGACAUAUUCGCCAACGCUGUGACGCCCAAAGAGUACCUGACGGGAGAGCCGAUGAAAUUCAAGAGCGUCUGCAAGUUCAAAAUAUGCUGCGAGGAUCUGCAGACCGUCAUGGUGCCCUUGCCCGAUUGCGCCAGUGGAGAGUGGGGCCCCACGAAGGCUACAAGGCUCUUCGGUCUGGUGCCCAUCACACACCAGGAUGCCUUGGUGUUCGCCGGAAGGGAACUAGAGAUCCAGUUCAGGAUGUCGCGUCAGCUGACUGAUUUCAUGGCCACCCUGCACAAGAACGGCGUGGAAGAAAAGAGGCUAUCGAAAUUCGUCAGUCAUCAGAUCAGCGACGACAUAGUCAUUUUCAACAUCAGUUUCCCGGAGGAGGGGCAGUACGGCUUGGACAUCUACACCAGAGAAAUGGCGUCCAGCCUAGACACGCCAGGGGAGAAACACCUCCUCACACACUGCUGUAAAUAUCUCAUAAAUUCAUCGAAACGUAACUGACGAUUUCGAGGAGCUAACUUUGAAUAAUCCUCAUCGAAAUGUCUUCCUCUCAUUGUUCGCGUUCUAUUAUUGAAUUUUUCUUAGCGUUGGUACUUCGUGACGGUUAAAACAACAAAGUUUUCAUUGCACAAGUGUAUUUUUUUGUUAACACAACUCAUUAAUAUCAUCGUUUCACGUCCAAAAUUGGUACAUGUUUUUAAUAAAUUCGAAUAAUCAUUUAGUGUUAUGUGAUACUAAGUUUACACUUCUCCAAUACAUUUUUUCGUUUCGUAUGUAAAUAGCGUUCGAAGAAUUCGUCAAGUGGGCCUUGGAAUUUCGACGGUUCGCUAAACGUCAAUUUUUGUUUGGACGACGAAUUUUUUUUCGAACGCCCGAAAAGUGUUUAGGUAAGUUUUGCACGGUGGAUACCAUUCUAGUAAAACCGGUUUCAUGAGUACUAUUCUUUUUGGUUCUGUUAUCGAGUGCAAUAAAAAUAUUUUUGAUAUUUGCUUGUUCUAAAUUUUACUUUUUAUACGCUACAUAUUUAUUGAAUUUUUAAUAUAUAAUAUAUGCAUGUUAUCGGAUUGUUACAUUGAACAAAUGUUUAUUUACAAUUAAUGGAACUUGUGAUUACGAAAUUAGUUCCGCUGACUUUGUGACUAUAAAUAAUUUAUUCAUCUA